AUAAUCCUAUAUCCUUAUAGAUUAAGAGUUGAUAUCCAUAUUGGUUAUUAUAAGAAAUCAUGAAUAGAAUGAUCAUUAGUGUAUUCUGUAUAUGUAUUUGUUCAAUUAUAACAAAUGCUAAUGCAGUUCCAACAAACACGACCACCGUUGAGGUUAAUAGUAUUUCCUUCAAAGAUAAAAUUGUCGACUUAUACAAACAUUGGAUGAAUGAAAAAGAUUAUAACCCACCAAAAGAGAGUGAAUUCUAUGAAAGAUUUUGACUCAUAUAUGUUACACAAUAACUAUAAAUAAGAAUAUAUACAACUGUUAUAUUCUAGUGAAGAUCAAAUUAUGGGUACCUUCCGAGGACUAUUGAUAGAUUAAUAUCAUACAUAUAUUAUUAUGGUAUAAAUAUUAAAUAAUUAGAUUAUGCGUGUCUAUACUCUCUUUAUUAUAAGCUUCAUUUUGACACAUCGACUAUUAUUGUACGAUUUACUGUUGUUAUGUCCAGUUUAUUGAUUAUAGUCUGCCACAUUCACAGCCACUUUUUAGCUUGAUCUCGCAUAAAUAUUAUUUCCUAUUUUAUGGUGUAAUGCGGUCUAUUUGGCUAGUAUAUAAACCAAGUAUGUUUGAAAUAAACGAUUCACAUAGUAGAAGCUGUAAUUGGCAUUCUGGACUCAACUGGACGAGCUAGACAAGCAAUGGACCAAUAAGGCAUCUAGGCUGCUCAUACUGAUUGAAUGUCAUUAAGUUGGCAUAGUGCCAAUAUUAUAUAAGUUCUAUUUCUAUUAGAAAAUAAAUCACAUGGUAACAAAUCGGCUUUCAAAUCACAACAACAACAACAACAACAACUUAAGGAAAUGAUUACAUUGUGAAGUGAUAACAUUGUUUAUUGAAUUCACAAUAACAUAAUGAAUUAUUUUCAUUAACUCGAAUCAUUACAAAUUCUCCAUUUUCGUUUUUUUUUGUUGUUGUUGUUGCUUGUUUUAAUUAACUAGGGAAUUAUUUAAACAUUGUUUUUUAAAUUCAAAACAAUUAGUGAAAAUUCUGCCAUUUUAAAAUUUAAAUCAAAUUCAAG